AGAGCAGAGCAAAGCUGGGGGUGGACGGGGCUGGAUUGGGCCAGCGUUGCUCUAAGGAAGGAGUGGGUGGCACAGAGCAGCAAGCAAGGAUCGCCCAGGCGUCGGGAGCAGAGAGGCAGGAGGUGGCACGGAGCCUGAGGGAUGUGAGCGCAGCAGGGGGGACCGCCAGCUCCAUCCCUCCUUCCUCCGACGAUUGGGACCCAGCGUAGACCAUGAAUGGAUCCUUCUUCAACCAGAGCCUCCUGGAGCAAGGAGCUUACCCCAACAGGACCCGGGGUUUGGGGCUGCUCCUGGCCUGCUGCAAUGGGACCAGCUCGGUGCUGGCACCUGACGGCGGCUCCUCGGUGCUGGCACCCGACGAGCGCAGCCUGUACAUCACACGCGUGGUGCAGAUCGCCGUCCUCUGCGUCCUCUCCUUGACUGUGGUGUUCGGCAUCUUCUUUUUGGGCUGCAACUUGCUCAUCAAGUCGGAGAGCAUGAUUAACUUUUUGGUGAAGGACCGAAGACCUUCCAAGGACGUGGGAGCCGCGAUCAUGGGGCUCUACUGAUGCCGUGGGGCAAGCGUAGGCAAGUGGCUGGAGCUGGUGCUGAGAUGCACGUACCCAUGUGUUCGGGGCAGCUGGGGGGAGUGGGGAAGGGGGGGUGAUGUCUUUUUGUGUGUCUGUGUCCAUGGGAAAGCAAAUCAGUGCUUCCCAGUGAACAAACUCCAUCGUGGUGAAUGGGGAGAUGUCCCCAGCGCUGUGUGAAGCGCAACGACCAGCAUCGUGUUGCAUGCAGAAAUGGCUUAAGUUUUGCAUGAAACUUGCAGAAACGGUGAUAAUGUGCAGAUCUGGACUCUUGUCUGCUGUUACCUUGGAUACCGCCUCUUGGGAUUUAGGGCUAAAAAAAUGAAAAGUGAAGAAAAUGAAAAAAAAAAAAAAAGAAAUAAAGCAAACUCACUACAGAAUGAAAAGAAACGAUGGGGGAAGUGGAGUGCAUGGCACGGACCACAUCUUUGGCCGUGGGGUAGGGGGAGGGAAGGGCCAUGUGGGUCGGACAGCAAAGUCUGCAUGCUAUGAAACGUGUCAACCUGUUGUGUUCCAGACCUCGAGCAUGCACCUCCGGGUGGUUUUGUAACAGGGAGAGCAUGUUCCUCCUCGAUUCCUGAACCGUCCUGUCAAAUAAAAUGCAGAUUUCCUCUUCCACAUUGUGCCGGAGGAAGAAAAGAAACCCCGAUAAACACUAAAACCACUCCGUCCUCCCCCAAGAAGCAUGUUUGUUUUGUACGUAAUGGCUUUUUUCCCUCCCCGGGUGCUGCGUUGUUUCGGUCUUUGAGGUUUUUGUAUCUUUUUUUUUUUGAAAACUGGUGAACAUUCAGGGAGAAAAAGGGACAAAAAAGAACCUGUUUCAAAAGAA